AUGAAGGCAAGUGCAAUGCUUGUUGUAAAGAUUUAUGGGAUAACUAUGGGGUUUAUAGAUGCAAGGAUUGCACAUUUUGUUUGGAUGGGAGAUAUCGUGACGACUAUCUACUAUGACACUAUUGUGACAUCUGUGAAAAAAGAAGAGAUCCACGGAAAUGGACCAACGUAUUUCUAUGUUGGAGCUGAUAGCGGCAGUGACACUGGUUGUGAUAGUGGCAGUGACACUGGUUGUGAUAGUGGCAGUGGUACUGAUAGCGGCAGCGACACUGAUUGUGAUAGUGGCAGUGAUACUGGUAGCGGCAGUGACAUCGGUGGUGGCUGUAACACUGCUUCAUCACAUGAACCAUCACCAUCCAUUGGUAUUCAAAGAAGACACCAGCAGUCCAAGGGACACCACUUACGACUGCGCUGGCUGUGCGGAAAAGGUGUCGGAUUCGAGCUACAGUGCGGGGAGUGCCAGUUUUACCUGCACAAGAAAUGUGCUGAGGUGCCCUCGGAGAUACAUCACCCUGCUCACCGCGACCACCCUCUUCUUCUCCUUCCAGCUUCGGAACAUCAGAAAAGAGAAGUUUAUUGCAACAUUUGCUUCAAUGAGGUUAAGGGAUUUAUUUAUCAUUGUUCUUCUUGUGAAUUUUACCUAGACUUUAAUUGCUCUCUGCUUCCACGUGACACUGGAGGAAACUUGAUUGAGACCCUCCAUGUUGCCCACCCUCAUCCUUUGGUUUCCAUUAAUCCAAUAAGCGGUUAUUGGUGCCAUGGUUGCCACGGCUCAGGCGAUGUUUCGUACGCUUGUUUUGAUUGUACAAAGUUCUUCCAUAAAAAAUGUCUUGAACUACCCUCAACAAUCAAUCACCCUUGCCACCGUAGGCACCAACUUUUGCUAGUUUUCAAUGAUUCCGAUGAAGACGACCCUAAGUGCAGCCUGUGCGAACACUAUAUUAUGCUUGAACUUCACUAUCGUUGUGUCCCUUGCGGGUUUUACAUACACCUCGGAUGUGCUUGGCCACCGCCCAUUAUUGAAGACAAAUCUCAUCAUGAUCACCCUUUUACUUUGUUCUUAAAACCAAAUGACCCAUUCGAUUGUAAUGCAUGUGGCAAACAGGGAAAUUAUGUUUGCUAUACUUGUUCUACCUGCAAUAUUCAAGUUCACAAGGACUGUGUUUCAUUGCCACGUCACAUUAGACUCAAUCUUCAUCCCCAUCCCAUCUCCCACUGCUAUUUCCCCUACAUUGAGCAACACGAUUCUAGAGAUUGGGAUUGCAAAAUCUGUUUUGAAAAAGUGAACAUGGAGCAUGGGAGUUACCAUUGUUCUCGACCAGGUUGCGAUUUUGCUAUCCAUGUCAAGUGUUCCAUUGAGAAGAAGAAUUUGUAUGAUUUGGUUGAGGUAGAAAAUCCUGACGAAUUUGAGGAACCUGAUCCGUUAUUUGAACCUAUGAGUUGCAUCAUUCGUAUUAUCAAAGAAAUCAAAGUUGGAGGCGACGUAAUAGCUGGAGAGAUGGAACAUAUUAGUCACAAGCACAACUUGAUAUUCUCAGAUGACAUUAAGGAUAAUAAGUGUUGCAAUGGUUGUGUUCUACCUAUCUUAUCCCCAUUUUACUAUUGUUCACGUUGUGAUUUCUUUUUACACAAGGCAUGUGCUGAAUUACCGAGAAUGUGUCGGCUAUGGGUUUUUGCAAAUCCCUUCAGUCUUGUCAUAAGUGAUAUUUUCAAAUGUGAUAUUUGUCGCAACGAGUGUAGUGGUUUCUGCUACGAAUUAGAUGGGGAUGCUAUGUACCUGUGCCUUAGGUGUGCUUCAAUACCUCACAGUUUUACAUAUCAUGCGGAUGAGCCCCAUUUUAUCUUCUUUGUAGAAAAACAUGAGGGAAAUUGCAAUGCUUGUGGUGAAGAUUUAAGUCGCGAAAGAGCAUACAGAUGCAAAGAUUGCACAUUUGCUUUGCACAGGAGAUGUGUCACAUUUCCCCGAACUGCAUCACAUAAGUGUGAUCGACAUCCUCUGACACUUGCUUAUCAAGAUCCUGAUGACUAUCCUCUACGAUAUUAUUGUGAUUUCUGCGAAGAAAAAAGAGAUCUACGAAAAUGGUUUUAUCGUUGUGAACCUUGCGACAAUGCUUUGCAUAUCAAGUGUGUUCUCGGAGAAUAUCCAUUCAUCAAAGUUGGGAGCAAAUACACAUACAAGUGCCAUCCACAUCCUCUCGUUGUUGUCAGGAAGAUCUAUUACUACCCCAAAUGCGCUUGGUGUGGUAAGCCCUGUCAAGAUCUAGCCCUCGAGUGUGAAGGAUGCGAAUAUAUUAUUCAUUGGAGCUGCAUAACACAUUUUUAUCUUAGAUGCUCAUAUAGACUCAUUGAAUGA